UCGUUGUUAAAAGUAAAAAAACACCCAAAAUUGUAUCCUGUGCCACAAUGAACGUCAAGUUGGAGGAUAGUCCGAGAGGUGUUGCAAAUCGUGCGCGAGAGCUGGAAACAAAACGUUUGCUUUACUGGUCGCGCCAAUUAAAUAUAUUGCCUGAGGAGGUGCAGCGACUGUCGCGAGAGGAGUUACAGCAGCGCAAUUCGUUGGUGCAGCAAUCGGAGGAGGCACACCAGAUGCGUAGGGAGCAAUUCAAGCGCUGGCAGAAUCUCAACGAGUUGCGCUGGCUAAUGUACGAGGAGCAGCGCAAAUACAAUGAAAAAUGUGGCAAUGAGGCAACGGAUGCGUCCAUCUGGCACAUUUUAUCCUUGGCGCAACGGGAGCUGGAGACGGAGCUGCAGAUGCCAGAGCUAUGGGGCAGUUGUCAACGUUUUCCCUCACCCAUGUCUGUCAUGGAAACGGAACGUGAGGUGGCUGGUCGAAAUGAUAUGCUAACGCCAGUGAAAUCUAUAAUUACGGGCCUGAACAAUGGUCAAUCGAGUACCGGCAAGAAAUUAGGCGGUACGCCUAUAAAGGAAAAGCAGCAGGAGCAGAAAAAGAUGGAGCAAGUCGAGCAGAAAGUGAAAACCCAAAUAAAGCUUGAGAAACAAGCUUCUUCUAGUAGCAGCAUACCUAAAAUCAAGCUGGCGUCCUUAAAUGGGAGUGGCAUACAGCAGGAUAGCUUUGUGUCCGCCGAAGAUCUUUGUAUACGCCACGAAUUGAAUGACAUCAAGCAUUCCACUGUGCAUUGGGAUAGCAUGAUUCAAAUGUUAUUUGAACAACAGCAGAUGCCGAGUAAUGAAACAAAUAUUCUUAAACUAUCGCAAAGUAGCAUUCCACAGGAAACCUCUUCGGAUGAUUCUUAUUGCUCAUUGCACUCCUCUGAUUCGGAGCAAGAACCAGAGUUGAAUCUCAAGCAUUGGCAAAAUGAAAUAGUCGAUAAUCAAUUGCAAUUGAAGUCGUGUUUUUUUUGAUUAUUGACUGCUGCAAGUUGAAAGAUCAGAGUUGCGGCCUCUUUGCUUGGAUACUUAAUCACAAUUUGAUGGGUCUCUCUGUUCGCGUAUUUCAGCACUUAGGCACUGUGUCCAUUGUGGCUCGUUAGCUGUCAAUUAAAUGGACACCUGCACGCCUAAUGCGACAACACAACUCCCCCAUUUCACCCUUCCGCCGGACAGUUUGCCUCUUUUCACACUUGCAACGGAUGGACGUUGAAUGCUAGUUUAUGGAGUCUGCUUGAACCUUGUCGUGAACCAUCGGCUACCAACCAAAAUCGAUGGCAAGCUCUUGAAUUGAUAAAUGGCCGGCCAGAGAUCUCUCGGCAACGAGGCUCCUCAAUUGCUGACUAGCUGGCUGGCUGCUUGUUUGUUGCUUAGAUUUUGUCGGCCUUUUGGCGAACCCGUUUCACAAAAUUAAUAAGUUUCGAUUCGGCUGCCUCAAGGGGCGCCACAAAACAACAGUUAAAAGCGUUUGCCUGGCGGUUUCUCUCUCUCUGUGCAAUUCAAUUGAGGAAAUAGUAUAUAUUACACAAACAAGCAAUGCUGAUGUACAUGUGGCUGGAGGCGCAAGGCAUAGCUGCCACACAUUUUUGCUUGUGGCAUGCAGCAUCAACUUCAUGUUGUUAAUUAACGCUCGCAAUGGCGUAGAACCCAUUAGCUUUUAAUUACCAUAAACAUGACAAUUCCGUUUGUAAACAAGCUGGCAAGCAGUGCAGCAAGCAGUGCACUGCACAAUAUUGUUUCUGGCAACAUUCUUGCAGUACGCACUUUUUUUAACUUUUUAAAAUUAUAAAUAUAUAUGGUAUAUUUU